AGGUCACAGUCGUGUCAGAAAAAAUCGAGAAGAUGGCUCGUCCGAAAGUGGAUGAUGAGGCAUUUGUUACCUUAACUACCAAUGACACAUAUUCCCUAGGAUGUUUAGUGCUGGGAAAUUCCUUACGAAGGGCAGAGACCAAUCGAGUUUUGGUUGUCAUGGUAACCGAUGGGGUUUCAUCAUCAAUGAGGGAACAACUGUCGAGGGUGUUUGACCUGAUAGUUCGAGUUGACGUCCUGGACAGUCGGGAUUCACAAAAGCUUGACCUCUUGACCCGACCUGACCUUGGGGUGACCUUCACAAAACUACACUGCUGGAGGUUGACCCAGUUUAAAAAAUGUGUCUUCCUAGAUGCUGAUACUAUGGUGCUCCAAAAUGUAGAUGAACUUUUCGAGAGAAAGGAGCUUUCAGGCGCACCAGAUGCUGGAUGGCCAGACUGUUUCAAUUCUGGCGUGUUCGUGUACGAGCCAAGUGAAGAGACCUAUAGUUCAUUAGUUGAAUUCGCAGUAAAACAAGGCAGCUUUGAUGGAGGUGACCAGGGUUUAUUAAACCUGUACUUCUCAGAUUGGUCAACAAAAGAUAUAUCACGUCAUCUCCCAUUUGUAUAUAAUGUAGUCUCUCAGGCCUUCUAUAGUUAUCUACCAGCAUUUAAACAAUUUCACGACAAGAUACGCAUUGUUCAUUUCAUCGGGGCUAUCAAACCAUGGAAUCACAAGUAUAACACACAGACGGGGGAGGUUGAAAUCCAAGAAGAGGCUGGACACAGCGCAGAAUUUCUCAAGCUCUGGUGGGCGAUAUUCUUAUCAAAAGUUCAGCCAUAUUUAGACCCACAACAGACAAUUUACGAGAAGGGUGGGUUAAUAGGCCAACUAGCGGCAUUAUCGAUCAACAAAACACCCGAGCCUUACCCCGGGUACAGCGGACCCACCCCUGGGUCGAGGGAGCACCAGUAUGCCUGGGAGUGUGGCCAGAUUGACUACAGGGGGAUAGAUGCCUUUAGCAACAUUCAACAGCACCUUGACGCAACCAUCAAUGGCAGUCAACCAGUAAAUAAGACAGUUGAGGCUCCAACUCCUGCCGAAGCAGUAAAAGAGCCAGUAAAAGAGGCUGCCAAAGUUAAUGAGGUUGCCAAAGUUAAGGAGGCUCCCAAGAAGAAAUGAACCCUGUGAACGACCCUGCAAACAAGAAAGGUUGUGGCAUGACGUGUGACUAAAAGAAUAGAAUAUUUGUAACCCUGUAUGGAUUGUAACAUUCGAAACAGACAACAAUUUCAAUUUUAACCCUGCGUGAAGAGCAAGCAGAAAGGUGGAAAUGCAUGAUUUUCAAAAAAUGCAUGGCCCAUUGCUUGACCUUCACACCUUAAGUUUUCGGAUUCCCGUUGGUUUCUAGAUACCCGAUUGAUAUUAAGCUAAUGGAAAAAGUAGUUUUGAUCAAGGUCAUAGCCAGGCAAGAUUCAAUUGAGACAGUAACCAUGGUAAUUGAGUGUAAAAAGUCUGAUAACAAAAAUUUGGGCAGUAGUCCUUCUAAAAUGGACAAUUUGGAUAAAAAAAGUUUAUAAAUAUUUCUUUUAGCAUGGCUCAGUAACAUAAAAACACUCUUGCUAAGUCUCAGUCUUUCAAAUCCUGGCAUUGGCCCUGAUGAUCCUGUACAAUAGGACAUUUAUUGUUUUGAUCCCAUACAAUAGGACAUUUAUUGUUUUGAUCCCAUACAAUAGGACAUUUAUUGUGUUGUUUCAGAAACUCGAAAAAUCAUUUUCAACUGAAUGGGAACCCGAGGGAUAUCUUUUCUAAAUCAAGAAUUUAAAAAUAUUUUCCAAUAUGAGGCAAAAAGAAUACAGGGUGUCUGAAGAUGUGAUUGAUAAAAAUCGUUGACACCCUGUAGAAUUCUCAUGCUUGAAUAAGAAUUGAGCUAUUUCAUACAAAAAAUAUUUUACUACUAAAUUAAAAGUUACAAUAAAAAAUGCUACACCCAAGAAAUUGUUCAAACAAAAAGAUUGUAAUUGCCAAAAAGUGCUUAUCAAAAAUGUGCCAACUUCGUAUUUGCUAAGCAUAUUGAUAAGUAUAAUUUCAAGUUUCCUUGUGUCCAUCCAUAUUGAUUUUGUUUCGUUUCGCUGAAAUAAGCUAAAAGCUACGUAUGCAAUAACAGUUGACCUGCAUGACAUGUAAGGGUUUCAACUAAAAAUAACUUGUAUGACCAUUAUAAAUGGACUUGCUUUGUAUCAUUAUUAAACAUGGAUUGUAAUUGUAAAUGUACUUGUAUUGUAAAUGUACAUGUACUUGCA